GUGGAAGAGAGAGAGGGAGAGAGGGCGACGCGGGAGGAAGUGCGGAAGACCAGGCAAGUCCCGUGAGGUCAUCGGCCCGGACUGCGCUUCGUGGCCGCUCGGGUCACCGGAGCGCAUGAUUUCUCAACCUUCCUUCCCUCUUGCUCUCUCUUUGUCCGUUCCUCCCAUCACUUCGAGGCGAUCCCACUAUGCCGUGGAGCUGAAGUCUCGCUGAAUCCUGCAGGCAAGAUGGUGGCCGCUCCAUCCCGUCCAUUUGACUAUCUCGAAGGCCUACCUGGGACGGUCUUCUUCAAGCUUUACCAGCAGCCCUCCACAGCGCUCGCUAUUUUCAGGCGCAUGUUGCCUGACCUUGCAAAAUGUUUUGUCAUGGCUCUUCUUUACCUCAGAGACCCCCUCCCCGCGGCGGAUCUGGAGGUUUGGGUCAAAUCCGAGAGCUUGAAGGAACGUGACAACGCGCUGUCAAUAUUGGGACGGUUACAUAUCCUAUCGAACACGGUGACAGCGGACAAUGUUCGAGCCUACAUGGUCACCAAUCCAUUCUCCUCCUCUCUCCGACAAGCUCUCACUGGAGCCGAACAGACGCAAUCAUUCGGUGUUCUUUCACAUGCUUCUACCGGGGCGACUGUAUCAAUUGCCGAUUUGGAUGACUAUGCGCGCCGGCAAUGGGAGGGAGUGCUGGGAUACAUGGUGGGUACAAGUGGGCUGGGGAUCCAGCGUGAUGUGAAUUUAAGCAAGGGUGUGAAGCAGUUGCUGCAGGCCGGACACCUUGUCGAGAUCAAGGAUCGUCGUGUGGAGAUCACGCAAGACGGGUUCGCAUUUGUCUUGCAGGAUGUGAGCACCCAGGUUUGGCAUAUUCUCAUCCUCUACGUUGAAAGCGCAGAAGCCAUCGGGAUGGAUAGCGUGGAAGUCCUGUCCUUUCUCUUCCUUCUAAGCAGCCUGGAGCUGGGGAAGUCCUAUCAAAAAGAGCACCUGACCUCCUUUCAGCUUCGAACAUUGACCGAUCUGGCCGACUUCGGGAUUGUCUAUCAAGAUUCGCCCGAGGCUAGCUACUUCUACCCCACGCGUCUCGCGACCACUCUUACCUCCGACUCCAGUGCUCUGAGUAAUCCUAUCUCGGGCUCCCUCUCCGGGCCCACCGGCACCACCGGCAGUAAGGCUGGUUCUGGCUUCAUCAUCAUUGAAACAAACUAUCGACUGUAUGCGUAUACAUCGUCACCGCUGCAGAUCUCCCUCAUCGCCCUCUUCACCACUCUGAAAUAUCGAUUUCCCAACCUGAUCACGGGCAAGAUCACUCGCCAGUCCGUGCGCCGAGCCAUCGAGAUGGGGAUUACCGCCGAUCAGAUCAUUUCAUACUUAUCUACGCAUGCACAUCCACAAAUGCGCAAGCACAAUGUGUCCCGGUCCACGUCAAACCAGGCCGGUAUCCCUGCAUCUGUCCUGCCGCCCACCGUGGUGGACCAGAUCCGUCUCUGGCAGCUGGAAAGAGACCGUGUCAAAGCUACGCCUGGGUUUCUAUUCAAGGAUUUCGUCAGCCUGGCUGAGUACGAAGCCCCGUGUCGUUACGCCGAGGAGAUCGGGGUUCUGGUGUGGAAGUCGGAUCGGAAACGUAUGUUCUUCGUCACUCGGCAUGAGCAGGUGGCGGCAUUUUUGAGGAGUAGGAAAUGAGGCCCCGACAGUGGGAGCUGAGAUCACACGGGGGCCACAGCAGCAAGGCCAUGGAAGUUGUUAUUCAUAUCGGCGCAUGAUGAUUGGGUUCGAUCUGGCGUUUACGGGAUCCUCGAGGGAAUUUGGAGAGAGCGGGCCAGGGCUGGGACUCAUGACAAAGUAAAUCUAGACGUUGCGGAAAUAUAAUCGAUGACAAUUGU